AUGUUCAGGCAACACAGGGACGGGAUGGGUGCCCCCGACUAUCUCGGUCCCUCGAUAGACGAGACUACCAACGCCGACCUGGAGUCUGGUAGCUUCUUGACUGAGAACCAAAGGAACAACAACAUUGACAAGCCGGCUGGCGACAACAACCAUGGCGACAACCCGUACUUGGACGAGUACAGAGCUUUGGUUCGUUACGUCGACACCUACCGGGAUCCGAACGCCGCGGCGGAAUCAGGGGAGGAGGACUUCGCAGAACAGAGCAAGCCCCGGCCAUGGUGGGCCUUCUGGAGGGGAGGCAAGGCUGGAUACGCUUCGGCCUCGUCCAAGAGCGAUUUCCAGACCCCAAGCGACUGGGUGAACACCGACCUCCGAGAUGGGCUCAACGACUUGGAGGUGGAGCGGAGACGCAAAUUCUCCGGAUGGAACGAGCUCACCACGGAGAAGGAGAACAUGUUGAAGAAGUUCAUUGGUUUCUUCCAGGGACCUGUCCUAUACGUCAUGGAAGUUGCCGUCAUUCUCGCUCUCGGUCUCCAGGAUUGGCUUGAUGCUGGUAUCAUUAUUGGCAUCUUGCUUCUCAACGCCAUCGUCGGUUGGUACCAGGAGAAGCAGGCGGCCGACGUUGUGGCUAGCUUGAAGGGAGAUAUUGCUAUGAAGGCUCGUGUCGUGCGAAAUGGUCAAGAAAGAGAUGUUUUUGCUAGAGAGCUUGUUCCCGGAGACAUCAUCAUCAUUGAGGAAGGCCACGUCGUCCCGGCUGAUGCCAGACUCAUCUGCGAUUACGAAAACCCCCACGGCCAGGCCCAGUACAACGCUGAGCUGAACGCCCAGGAUGUUACUUCCCCUCGCCGUGAAAAGUUCGAGGAGGAGGAUGAGGAGGGCACCCCCCAUGUUGGCCACGCCAUUGUUGCUGUCGAUCAGUCUGCCAUGACCGGUGAAUCCCUUGCUGUCGAGAAGUACAUGACCGACACUGUCUACUACACCACUGGCUGCAAGCGUGGCAAGGCCUACUGUGUCGUGACCUCCGGUGCCCAGGCUUCCUUCGUUGGUAAGACUGCCUCGCUCGUCCAGGGCGCAAAGGACAGCGGUCACUUCAAGGCUAUCAUGAACUCGAUCGGUGGCACGCUCUUGGUCCUCGUCGUUCUCUGGAUUCUGAUCGCCUGGAUCGGUGGCUUCUACCGCAACAUCCGCAUUGCCUCCCCCCAGGAGAGCUCCCGCACACUCCUCCACUACGCCCUCAUUCUCUUGAUCAUCGGCGUCCCCGUUGGUCUGCCAGUUGUUACUACCACCACUCUGGCUGUCGGCGCUGCCUACCUCGCCAAGGAGAAGGCCAUUGUCCAGAAGCUGACUGCCAUUGAGUCGCUUGCCGGUGUCGAUAUCCUCUGCUCCGAUAAGACCGGAACUCUGACGGCCAACCAGCUGUCUGUGCGCGAGCCGUUUGUCAUGGAGGGUGUCGACAUCAACUGGAUGAUGGCCGUGGCCGCGCUGGCCUCGUCGCACAACAUCAAGGCUCUUGACCCCAUCGACAAGAUCACCAUCCUCACCCUCAAACGCUACCCCAAAGCCAAGGAGAUGAUCAGCGAAGGCUGGAAGACCGAGAAGUUCACGCCCUUCGACCCCGUCUCCAAGCGCAUCACGGCCGUCGUCACACACCAGGGCGUGCGCUACACCUGUGCCAAGGGUGCCCCCAAGGCCGUCCUGGCCCUGACCAACCCGACCGAAGAGCAGGCUGCCCUGUUCCGCGAGAAGGCCGCUGAGCUCGCUCGCCGUGGUUUCCGAUCUCUCGCCGUCGCCGUCCAGGAGGAGGAUGGCCCCUGGGAGAUGCUCGGCAUGAUCUCUCUCUUCGACCCGCCCCGUUCCGACACUGCUUCCACCAUCGCUGAGGCUCAGGCUCUGGGUCUCCAGGUCAAGAUGCUGACUGGUGAUGCCAUUGCUAUCGCGAAGGAGACCUGCAAAAUGCUGAACUUGGGCACGAAAGUGUACAACUCAGACAAGCUCCUUCACAGCGGCAUGGUCGGUACCUCUAUCCAUGAUCUCUGUGAGCGUGCCGACGGUUUCGCCGAAGUCUUCCCCGAGCACAAGUACCAGGUCGUCGAGAUGCUGCAGCAGCGUGGCCAUCUGACUGCCAUGACUGGUGACGGUGUGAACGACGCUCCCUCCCUGAAGAAGUCGGACUGCGGUAUCGCCGUCGAAGGUUCCACUGAGGCUGCCCAGGCCGCCGCCGACAUCGUCUUCCUUGCCCCCGGUCUCAGCACCAUUGUCUCGGCCAUCAAGAUCUCCCGCCAGAUCUUCCAGCGCAUGAAGGCCUACAUCCAGUACCGUAUUGCCCUGUGUCUCCACCUCGAGAUCUACCUGGUCACCUCCAUGGUCAUCAUCAACGAGACCAUCCGCUCCGACCUGAUCGUCUUCAUUGCCCUCUUCGCCGAUCUGGCCACCAUCGCUGUCGCCUACGACAACGCCCACUACGAGAAGCGCCCGGUCGAAUGGCAGCUCCCCAAGAUCUGGAUCAUCUCCGUCGUCCUCGGUGUCUUGCUCGCCCUCGGAACCUGGAUCCUGCGCGGAACCCUCUGGCUGCCCGACGGCGGUGUGAUCCAGAACUACGGUGGCAUCCAAGAGAUUCUCUUCCUGCAGGUCGCACUCACCGAGAACUGGCUCAUCUUCGUCACCCGUGGAUUCGAGACCACGCCCUCGUGGCAGCUGGUCGGAGCCAUCUUCGGCGUCGACAUCCUGGCCUCCAUCUUCGCCCUGUUCGGCUGGUUCAGCGGCGGCGGCCCGUCCGAGUCCAUGGAGACGGCCGUCUCGGUGUCGUCCAAGCUGUCCGAGAACGGCGCCACCGACAUCGUCACCAUCGUCGUCAUCUGGAUCUACUCGAUCGCCGUCGUCAUCGUCAUCGGCAUCAUCUACUACAUGCUGACGGGCUGGUCGACGCUCGACAACCUGGGCCGCAAGAAGCGCAGCAAGCAGGACACCAUGAUGGAGAACAUCCUGACCCACCUGAGCAAGGUCGCCGUCGAGCACGAGCAGGACGAGAAGGGUAGCGCGCGCUACUACAUUGCGCAGAAGCAGAUCGUCGAGGAGGAGGAAUAG